AUGGCUGCACCUGCUGCAUUCCUCCUCUUCCUCAUGCUCGGUCUCGCCGGAGCAGCCUCUGCUGCCGAAUACGACCGACCUGCCCUUCUCGUGGUGAACUUUACAGGGCACGGCCCCGUCGACGACAAGAUCUCCGUGGCCAUGGAGACCCACGACGUCGGAAUCGGCGGCUUCGCCAACGGGCGCGGCCACUGGCAGUCCUUCCCAGGCCACGACCGCCUGUUCCCGGGCUCCACGCCCCUCCCGUUCGGCAACAGCUACGACGACCUCAUCGGCGGCCUCGCCAACCUGCCGGACGUGCCGCUGGGGCGGGAAGCCCUGCAGCAGGCCGCCCGGGUGCUCUCCGCCUACGACCUGGCUACCACCACAGACUUCGAGCCGCUCAAGCGGGCGCUGGCGUCGCUCAAGGUGAUGCUAUCCGAGGCCCAGCGGCUGCAGCCCAUCUACGAGACCGUCACAAGCGGCUGGUUGAGCGGAGCCCGCGUCAAGCCCGAGCAUCUGCCCUACAUCGAGCACUGGGACACCAUGUCCUACGAGAUCUUCCUCGCCAACCGGACGGGUAAGUGGGACGGGCCCUUCACCGACAUGCUGGAGAAGAGCGCCAACAUCCGCAGCAUGGACGAGGCGCUCGCCGUGGUCAAGCUGCUGCUGAACCCCACCUUCGAGCAAGUGCUCAUGGCUCACGCCACCAUCAUCAGCCUUGAGUAA